AUGGCUUCUUACGAAAUGUCGCAUGUACAACGUAAAUAUGUAGUCGUGGAACAACCGCCAAGCAUCAACAAUGUGUUUACUCUUGCAUCUGGAGAAAGAAUCGCGCAAACAUAUGAUUGUGAUGAUAGUUGCUGUGGUUUCGGUUCGAAAUACUCCGUUAUAUUAACCGAUGGAAGGAUUAUUCAACGACAAGAGCAACAACGAUGCGGUUGUACAUGUGGACGCGUUGAUUCAAUGUUCUUUUUAUCGGAUAUCAGUGGCAUCACAGACAAAGACUUAUUCGUCCUCGUAUGCAUUCCAACCAUUCCAACAAUGAUUCCAGAUAGAACUCGACGAGCUCUAUCGAUUGGUAAAAAGAUUUUCCCAAAAAGUCACUUCCGUACCCCCAAAAAUCCCAAAAAACUGCAAAAAAACACCCCAAAAUUGCAUAAUUUCCAGAAAUACCCGGGCCGAUUCGCCUGA